AUGUCAAUAUUGGGAUCGUUUGAUUCCUUUGAUUCUAGCGACGAUUCAUAGAGAAACUAUGACUAAAAAAAAAGAUCUUUUGGAUCUAGGAAUAUUGAAAGAUAAGAUGGGUCAACUGCGAUACAUGAAUUGAUAGAUUAGCGUUACUUUAAAGCUUUUGACAAAAUAAUUGACCCUAAGGAUAUCAGUAGUAAUACUCUUAGACAUAAGGAUAUCCUUUUGCACUAAAAAAUACUUUCAGAAGAAAAGAGAUCUAUAAAAAUUGCAUAGAUGUCAAGAGGAGUGGCUUCAUAGAGUUAGAGCUCUACAUAGAAAAACUUUGGUAAUUAACCAUUGCAAUAAGAGAAAAAUAAGAUGAUAAAGGAGGAGAACGAGGACGCUAACACAAAAAGAGAAUAAGUCGAAUUUCCAAAAAAUUUAUAAGAGAUUAAUAAACUAUUUGAGGACUUAGAAUAAAAAAAUAGCAAAUAAAUAACUCGAAUGGAGACAAUUAAUGAAGGAAUUUCAGAUCAUUCUAUCAAGAAACAUAAGACUCAAAGGAUUACAGAAGAACGUGCUUAAUCUGUACUGGCAAACUUAAAAUUUGGGAAGACUCGUAAAAUGGGUCGUUUUCAGUAUUUCUUCAAUAAGAAAAUGAUUGAAGAAGAAAAAAUUUAACUUGCCUAGGCUAAGUUAUUAGAUCUAGGACAAAUGAGUGAACAGUAGUAUUAAGAUUUUCUUAAAGACUAGGCUAAGAAAAAUGCCAUUAAGAUAUUCAUUAACAAAAAGGACCAGGUAAGCGAUGAAAAAGCUAAGAAAUAGCUAUUUAAAAAAAUGAUUACUUUCUUACAAAGAGACAAGGAUCAGCUCGAAUAAGAGUGA